AUGGCUACCCUCGGGACUACAUUUCUCGCCAGCUAUCUCGCCAUGCCAUCCAAGGCAGACAAGCAAAAAGGACCACCAAUUAAAGCUAGCAGCAAGGAUGAGGAACAGUUUAUCCAUGAAUUCCUGAAAACCAUGGACGCCGAGGAAAAGAAAGAGAAACAUUAA